GGAAGUGCCCGCCGGUGCCCGCGGCCGCUCGCCCGCCGCCUCCCCGGCCCGGGAUGCGCUGACCCCCCCCCCCGCGGCCCGCCCGCCGCCCCUCCGAGGUGUGAAUGACCAGGGAGGUGCCCCCCACGGCACUCACCGACGUCCACCUGCGCCUGCUCUGCCACGAUGACAUAGACACAGUGAAACAGCUCUGUGGAGACUGGUUCCCAAUAGAGUACCCUGACUCAUGGUACAGAGAUAUCACCUCCAACAAGAAGUUCUUCUCCCUCGCAGCCACGUACAGAGGCUCCAUCGUGGGGAUGAUAGUGGCAGAGAUCAAGAGCAGAACCAAGGUGCAUAAAGAGGAUGGAGACAUCCUAGCUUCCAAUUUUCCUGUGGACACUCAAGUUGCUUACAUCCUAAGCCUUGGAGUGGUGAAGGAGUUCAGAAAACAUGGAAUAGGUUCACUCCUGCUUGAAAGUUUAAAAGACCACAUCUCCACCACAGCCCAGGAUCACUGCAAAGCCAUCUACCUGCACGUCCUCACCACCAACAACACAGCAAUAAACUUCUAUGAGAACAGGGACUUUAAGCAGCACCACUACCUGCCCUAUUAUUACUCCAUCCGAGGGGUCCUCAAAGAUGGCUUCACCUACGUCCUCUACAUCAACGGUGGACACCCACCCUGGACAAUCUUUGACUACCUGCAGCACAUUGGGUCCACUCUGGCCAGCCUGAGCCCCUGCUCCAUUCCCCAGAGGAUCUAUCGCCAGGCCCAGAACCUGCUCUGCAGCCUCCUGCCCUGGUCUGGCAUCUCUGCCAAGAGCGGCAUCGAGUACAGCCGGACCAUGUGAGGGGGUGCCAGGAAGCAGGGACAUCCAAGGAUCGUUCUUCCUUCCAUCUCCUGAACCAUCUGGCUCCACGCUGAUUCCAGCCGUGACAGCUCUUGGUCACUGACCCCACCCCUGGCCAGGACUCCUUGUCCCACAGGUUGGCCAAGGUUUGGGCAGGCUCCACUCGUGACAGGCUGCACUCCUGCUGCCCCCAUGCCUGGAGCCCAGCAGUGCUGCCCAGGCAGGCCUGGCUGUGCCUGGGGUGUCACCUGUCAUUGUGCAUCCUGCAUUGUCCCCCCCACUCCCCUCGCCUCUGGUUACUCCUGUUUGUAGCCCUGAUGUAAGAGGGGUUUGGUUGCUGCUCCCACACCACUGGCUGCUGAGAGCAGCCUCAAUUAUGUUAACGAAUCUGCACUGACCAACCAUGUUAAUGAGCUGUGAGCACCCUGGCAGGUCACUGCUGGCAGAGCAGGCAGCUGGAGGGAAAGGUGGGAGCUGGGUAAGGGAGCAAGGAGCAGAGAUCAUGUCCAGGUCCUGCCAGGUCAGCUGCUGGGGCUUCCAGGGAGGGCAAUUCCCAGGGCAGGCAACUCCCAGGGAAGGCAGUUCCCAGGGAGGGCAGCUGCCAUGGAUGAGAAACAGCCCAGCCCUGCCAGCCCUCAGGAGUGACUUCCGAAGCAGCAUCUGCUGCUGGAUGCAUGGAGAAGGCAGGGGAUGAAAUUGCUAUUUCAUAGUGAAAUAUAUAUAUUAUACUGUAUAGAUCUUUCUGCCUUUGUCCAAGUUGGAACGUUGCAGGGGAGGGGAGCUGUGGGACACAGAGGUGCUCUGUGGAGCCUGGGCCUGAGCCCUUCCCACAGCACUGGGGCUGGGCUCCUGCAGGAACUGGACAUGGAUCACAGCAGCUUUUCCUUGCUGAAGAGCCAGGUUGGGCCAGCACUUGGCUUCCAAGGUAGGAGUCUGAGCAGCUCCCCCAGCCCAGUGUGUGCUGCAGGAGCAGCAGCUCUGCACCCUGCUGGGGUCCCCUGGGAAAUCCCUCUUCCCUGGCCCAGACUCUUCCCUGCUCAGCAUCGUGUUCCUCAUUCCUCUCAAAUUUUGAAACUGGGACUUGAGUGAAGGAGCUCUGGGCUCAGCCAGGCCUGGGUGUGCAGGCAGGGCCUAUGCUGGCUGCAGGGGGGGGGCCUGGGGACAGACAGCACAGGUCAGGCUUGGAACAGGAACAAUAUGAAGGUUUUGCAGCCCAGGUGACUGUUGUAAGUCAUGUCAGUGUCUGUAAGGCCUUGGGGUGGGGGUUGGCUACUAAAGGGGUGCAGGAAGGGAGCUUGCUAGGAGUGGCACCAAGUGGUGCUGUGCUGGGUUCCCAGGGGGCUGGGACAAGCUCCCUGCUCUGCCCCGGGGCUGGCUCCAGCACAGCAAUCCCUGCUGAGCACAGCUGCUCCUGCAGCCUGGGAGUGGGAAGCAGCUCCAGGGGCUGGCACAUGGAGUGUUUUGGAGCAGCAGAAGGUCCUUCUUGCAAGGAGGUGCUGGUCCCUCUUCUGGGGCUCAGAGAGGUCUAGUGCAGUGAGUGACAGAGAAGGAAAACCCUGUUGCUGUGAGGCCGAGCAAACUGGGAGCUCAAGAGUCUGAGCUGACCACAGUGUGGGCCUUGCUCUGGGGCUGGACGACCAGAGCACUCCUGAGGCUCCUUCCCUGGUGAGUGGGGCAGCAGGAGCCCGUGUGGGGCACCAGCAGGGGCAGCAGGAUGGGCUGGGGCUGCUCUCUGCAGCAUCAGCCACGGUGC